UGGUUGUUUUUGCUUUAAAACAGUUGCCAACGAUGAGACCCGACGAACAUAAGAAGAAACGUAGCGCACAGUACCAAAAAAAGCACGGCAAAGCCAGAGGAAAAGAUGAGAGCGAAGGAAAGCCAUCACAAAAACCCUCAAAGGGUACUUUGACAUCUUCAAAAAACGAUUCGUCUUGUCACGUGUCUUCAGGCUCGACUCGAGGAAAGCCUAAGGAUAAAACUAGUAAAGCUGCAGACCUACCCUCUUCAGAUAGUGAUGGAGAGGUAAAAGUUGAUGGUGAACCUAAAAGAACAUAUCGAAAGCGUGAAGUUUUGAGCAAUUGGGCCAAGUAUGAUCUGCCUUCAGCAGAUGAAGCCAGCACUCAAGCUGAACCUAAAGGAGAAGAUUUUAAUAAGCUGUUAGCUUCUGCUGGUCAUCCAGUUACUCAUUUUCGAUUUAAAGAGGAACAGGCAUGGGAAGAAGACAGCGAUGAGAGAGAGUGCACAUCAGAAUAUGCAGUACAGCUACUCACCUUGGACUGUGCUCAGCUUGCAUCUUCAUUAGCUUGUAUACCUUUGUACAGACAGCUGCACUUGGACACGCACAUUUUUACGCCCAGUCAGAUUCUGUCAAUGGACUCCUUAGCUGCAAAGCACAGAGAGACUUACAUGAAAAUCUGUUCUGCCAGCUCCUCUUCACAAUCAUUAUGUUCCAAACCAUCUUUGGAGCCAGAUGAAGCUGCUUCAAACAGUAGUGCAAAUGUAAUAGAAAAAACAGAUAGCCAGUAUUUCAGAGGUGGAUCAGUAGAUAUUUCAGUUAACAUACUCCACAAAGAAGGGGUGGACCUGUCUAAAAACACAAAUUCUGCAUCCCUAUUGGACAAUGAUGAAGGGAGAGAAGCAAACACUCCUAAAAAUAAGCUUCUCACAGGUGCAAAUGCCAAGAAAAAUGUUGAAAAACAAUCCAUUGGUUGUAAGAGAACGUUAGAUGAAGAGUUGGAUGACCUUCUAGACAAUGAUUCAGUUCAGGCAACAAACCAAGGACAGUCUAAAUUGGUUGAAUCCGUAAAAGGAACCAUCAAGGAGUCUGAUGAGCUGGAGGACUGGCUAGACAGUGUAUUAGAUAGCUGACAGCAUGACAGAUAAUUUUGUUGAUAAACUGUUUUCAUCUUUGACUUGUACCACAGAUUUCAAAGGUGAAAGUAAAUGGCAUUUUCUCAUGUUUUGUUAAAUGGUUCAUAACAUGUAUUACAUUAUGGGGAUUCAACCUGAUGAAUGGGUUAUACAAGUGCUUCAGAAUACACAAAUUGAUUGUAAAACAUUGCUUCACUUUUUUCAGUAGAAAGGUUGAUCAUUUUUUUGGUUGUUGGUUUGUAUAUAUAUAUAUGUGUGCGUGUGUAUUUUUAAUCAAACAUUUGCAAUAAGUAGUUGCAUGUCUGUGCACAUGAAGAUGCCCCCAUUUCCCAACAUCUACAACCAAGGUAAUCCACACACACAUAAGCUGAUUGUAAAAAGUUUACAUACACUUUCAUCACAUUCUUACAAAAGUAUUGUAAUAUUUUUACAUGGCUUAAGAAUGAACAACUAAAACAAUUUCAGUGCAAUCCACAGCAGAACAAAUAAAAUCUGUUAUGUAAAUAUGGAUGCUGUUUUGGCUACAGAGAUUAUCUUACAAAUUUAAUUUGAUUAAAUAUUUUGCAUGUCAGUAAAUAUUCAUAUUGCAAUUUUUUUACUUUCCAAAUAUGACUACAAGAUCUCAUGUUAAUAUCUUCAAAGUUGUAUUCAAUAAUAGUAAUAGCCUUCCUAAUCAUCCCUUUUUGUAGGUCAUAAUGUCUAAUGAUAACCAUGAAAAAAUAUAGAUGAAACUUUUUCUUUAUGAGAGAAAAAAAAUCCUAAGGCUAUUUUCAACUUGUAAUAUUCUUUUUCAAAAUUGAACAUGGAUAAAAUACAGUGGAAAUGUAACAAAAGUGUCUUACGAAGUGCAAUAUUUGACAUAAAAAGCAUUGCAAGAACAAAAUUUCAUAAUACAUCUAAUGCAAGUUUGAUAUAAUAAAAAGUUAAGAUCAUGCUUUGUAAAAACAUUGCAUAACACAAGACUGUGAUGGCAAAGUUUGCUUAUUUAUAAAUCUAAACACUUUCCUAUUAUAUAUGUACUGAUAUAUAUAUAUGGGUAGUGUGUAGAGCAAAAAAGAGCUGUGCUUGCAAUCAGUAUUUUUUGGAAACCUUGUGAUAUAAAGCAUGUGUAUGCAA